AUGGCUAUUGCUAUCCCUCAACCACAAGCAGAGGAAGCCAGCAUCGAGAAGCGACAAGUUGCAGCAGUUGCCACCAACCUCGCAAACACGGUCAACACUCUGGCUACCACAGUCAACACUGCAACAACUGCCAUUAGUUCUGCUAUCUCCGUCAAUGCAGACGCGGCUGUUACUGCGAAUCUAGGUAACAUAGUCGCCGCACUCCAGACCGCACAGGCCGCUGUUAGGGCUCAGCUCGCAGGUGCCGCAACAAGCAUUACCCUUGCAACUGCAACUUCUCUGCAGAACACCCUCAACCAAUUGAACACGAUCGCGGCUGGUCUGCAGACCACUCUGGCCAACGUUGAGACUGCGACCGACGUGGCUGUUGCGUCCGAGAUUGCUGCUAUCAGAGCUGCACUUACCGGAAUUGUGACACCAAUCACCACCUUUGUCAAUUCUGUCUCAGUGACUGGUCUGGUGGCUGGACUUGUUGCUACACUCAACGGUCUCGUCGGUGGGAUCAUCGCCAACAUCAACGCCAUCAUUGCUUCGUUCUGA